UUGUUUCUCCCUUUUCAUCCUGGGAUCGAUGGGACAGGACUGGCUUUCUCUCGGCUCCCCCUCGCAAAGCCACCCGCGGCCUCCUGUUUUAAUGUUUAACUCUUCCCCUUGUUUUCUUUUCCGCCCGAUUAGGUGCUGUUGAGCGGCUGCGGCAGCGUCUGGGCGAGGUCUCGGAGCGGUGGGCUCGCCCGCCGGGUGACCGUCGCCGAGAGUUGAUGAAGAGGUGACCGGGGACCUUGAGCCAUGGGGCAGAAAGUCACGGGGGGGAUCAAGACGGUGGACAUGCGGGACCCCGUGUGCCGGCCGUUGAAGCAGGAGCUCCAAGGGCUGGAUUACGGCAAGCCGGCUCGGCUCGAUCUCCUCCUGGACAUGCCGGCGGUCUCCUACGAGGUCCAGCUGCUGCACUCGUGGAACAACGACGACCGCUCGCUCAACGUCUUCGUGAAGGAGGACAACAAGCUGAUCUUCCACCGGCACCCGGUGGCCCAGAGCACCGACGCCAUCCGGGGCAAAGUGGGCUACACGCGCGGGCUUCACGUCUGGCAGAUCACGUGGGCGAUGAGGCAGCGGGGGACCCACGCGGUGGUGGGCGUGGCCACGGCCGAGGCCCCCUUGCACUCCGUGGGGUACACCACGCUCAUCGGGAACAACCACGAGUCUUGGGGCUGGGAUCUGGGCCGGAACCGGCUCUAUCACGACGGGAAGAACCAGGCGAGCAAGACCUACCCGGCGUUUCUGGAGCCAGACGAGACGUUCAUCGUGCCGGAUUCGUUCUUGGUGGUGCUGGACAUGGACGACGGCACCCUGAGCUUCAUCGUUGACGGACAGUACAUGGGCGUGGCCUUCCGGGGGCUGAAAGGGAAGAAGCUCUAUCCGGUGGUGAGCGCUGUGUGGGGACACUGCGAAAUUCAGAUGCGAUACUUGAACGGCCUUGACCCCGAGCCUUUACCGCUGAUGGACCUCUGCCGGCGUGCGGUGCGCCUCACUUUGGGCAGGAACCGGCUGAGUGAGAUCCCUACGCUGCCUUUGCCCAAAUCUCUCAAAAAUUACCUUCUCUACCAGUGACCCCCGUGGACGCUGGAAGGACAGCCUCUUGCGCGGAGCAAACAGUGUUGGAUUCGUUUAGACAAAAAUCUUGGGCUCCCCCUUACUCGCACGGCCCUUCCCCGCCCGUUUUUUAAAAAAUUUGCUCCGUGCCCUGUCACUGUGCCCAGGCGGCGGGGGGGCGGAAAUCCCUGUCUUUCGAAGAUCAGAUCCUCGUGGGAUUUUCUGGAAAAGAUUCCAGCCAACCUUUCCGUGUUGUCGUUUAAUUUCCCGCUCCCCACCAGCCCACGAAAGGCGGCUGGUCCUGCAGAAUUUCAUCGAGCGGGCAAGGCUCAGUGGCUCGGCCGCGCUGGAGGUGGCGCAGAGACUCAAACUGGGCGAGCGGCCCGAUCUGUCCGCAGGAAAAUGGACGAGGCCCGAAUGAUGGUGAUGGGGAAGCAGCGAGCCACCCGUGGGGAGAGAUCCUUCCAUGGCCUGAUCCUAUGCACGUUGUUUUUUUCCUGCAUUAUGCUCAGUGGUUCACCACCGUGCCUUGAUGCCCACGGAAUCGCCCGGCCUCGAUGCUGCGUUGCUCGCCCCCGCCUCUUGCUGGAGAAAAUACUUGAAAGUUUGGGAUGAAAGGAAUAUCCGGGGGGAACGUCCUCUGCCCGCACGAAGAACCCACCUGCUUUCUAGAACCAUCGUUCCUAAUUCUUCCUUUCCAGAUGUGGAGGAACCACCAACCGCUCACGAGUUUCCCCCACGCAGCUGGCUGGAGAUUGGGGUGUCAGGAAUCUCGGCUUGAAGGGGGGCCAUUGUGGGAAGGCAUGGAAGGCGGUUUAGCUGGCUAACCAAGUUCCAUCUUGGAUUCCCGGUGUGCCAUCAGACUAAAUCCCACUUCCCGUCUAGCCAAGCUAACAUACAGCUGCUGGCAAGCGACCAGCUCUUCGGUUGGGGGGUCACGCUUAGCCACCAUCCUCUACUUUCUGGGUUGGUCGAGCCUUGCAAUCUGCCAGGAGCGUGCGGAUCUAGAAAAGCAGAUAUCCUUGAUCCAACCACCAAAGGGAGAACGUUUACCGAGUUGACAAACUUUGAUACUGCCUUCCAAGAGAUUUACUCUGCACAUAUUUUAUUAACCUAAUGGAGGUGGAAGAAGCGUUUUCUCUCGUCGGCGUCCCUCCCACCGGAUUUGUGUAAAGGUGUGUGCUUCUGUUUGAUGUGUGUUGGUACAUGGGGCUAAUCUGUUUGGAGGGGGGAAAUGUUAAUAUAUAGAUAUAGAUAUGUACAUAUACAUAUUGCCAUGUUUUGAAUGUAAAAGGAUGCUGGAUUUUUGUUGUCGAUGUUUUUAAGACAUGCUGCUGUAGGGAGUUGUAAUUUGUUUUAAAUGAAGAGAAGACAAAUAGGCUAGAGGUUAUUAUUAUUAUGUCUUGUUUUGUUUUAAGCACACGACUGGUGCCAAAGUAAGAUUUGGGAGGAGAUCUUCAUGGGCUUCUCCGUUUUUUUAAACAAAGGGGGAAAAAACCCAAAUUUGUUGCAAGUGGAACACUUUAAAAAUUGCACAGAGUUUUAAUGUGUGCAGAGCCGAGCAUUUUUAAUUGUCUUGGAUCCCCUCUUCCACUCACACUGAGAUUCAGGCACUUCUCCCGUUUGUCUGUACUCUUUCUUCUCCCCUUCCUUCCGUUUAUCCACCUCCUGGGUGUGUCUGGCUUGUACAGUUUUUAAACCUCUCCCUGGUUUCUCCCUGGUUGAUUGUAGAGCAUUAGUACCCCAAUGAAAAUGAAACGAAACCGAAAUAAAAGUUUAUUAACAGUGGAAGUCUGUGGCUGUCCAUCUCGCACGCGGAGGGAGUUAAGGGUUAAGGCGCUUUGCUUUAAUUUUCCAUUAAAAGAAUAUUCUUUAAGUCCUCAACUGCCUGAAGACAGAGGGGACGUGGGUCUUUCCAAUGAUUCAGAGAUUACAAAGGAUUCAAACAUGAUUUGCACCCCUCGAGAACAAGAAAAUCCCAUUUUUAGAUUGUUGUUUCUCCUUUAUUGGACGAAACCAGGACGUUCAUGCAGACGUGCAAAGGAGCUGUGACUCGUCCGGGCAUUUUUCACACCAUGCCCAGCUCUAACGUGGUUUGUUUGGUGGGGGAGACGCCCGUUCAUCGUGGCUUGCAAACCGUUGCAGCAAAGAACUCACUCACCUCCACCGCGGUGGCUUAUUCUGCAAUCCGGCACAAAGCCACGGGCGAAUCCAGUCUUCGGACUUCGAAAAGGAGCAAAGCGGGCUGGCUCCAAGGAAACAUUUUUUUUUUUUCGAGAAAAAUGAGAAGCACCGGGCUAUUUUCUGCAAAUCUCCUCCAGGUUGCAGAAAUAUUUUGUUGGUUCCUAUGCAACCACGAGAGAAAAAAAAAAACGCUUAAGCGUCUUUGGGGUUUUUUUUCAAUAUUUGCAAGAGCGAUAUCAAUUGAAAUGGGACAGAUUAACUGGGGGGGGCUGGCGGAACAGCGUCUCUGUCCAUACAAGGCCUCCCGUUCCAGCCGCGGAUGGAAUGUGGUUUGUGUUAGGCUUGUCGAGGGCCCCGGGAAGACUUUUCGGCUGGGUGGGAAGAGCGAAUAUUUUAUUGGUGCUCCCUUCCAGACACCCAAACAUGCACGCCAGCCAGCAAAAUGAAGGAUCGCCUUGCUGCGUGGGGUGUUUAUGUACAAGUCCAUGGCAACCCGGGCCGGGGAUGUGGGGAGGCGCCAUGCUUGCCAACGCCUGUUGUAUGUUAGCUGGCCUGUGCAUAGGGAAGUAUGUCCCUUUAUGCAGGCGUGCAACGCUGACUGAGCCCAAAAAAUGACAGUGGGGUUUGAGCGAUGGCUGCCCCCAAGGAACCGGGCCCCCCCAAAAAACUUUUCUCUUUUUCUCUAUCUGCUGCUCUGCAUUUAUCCAUAGUCACGGAGGUGGAAUUUCUCCUUGGCAAAGAAUUCGGCUCUCCCUCCGUCUGUGGUUGCAAGAAUCUUGUUUUGUACUUCCAAGGGCAGGGAGGCAGAGGCUG